AUCUCUUUGGGAGAUGGGAGACACGCCAAGGAACCGUUUGUGCGUAUACUGUGUAGGUUAUGGUAUAUGAUAGGAUGCCAGUUCUGCUUUUAGUCUGAUAAAUUAAUAUAGUACAUUUUCCUUUGCCGUAUCCCGCUUGAUGUUUAUGGAUAGCAAGAAGCUGACGUAUCUUUGAAAGGACGACCAGGUAAUGCUGCGAAAAUGCCACUGCUUGGAAAAUUAGUGGUGAUUAAAAAGAGUGGAAGCGAUGGGACAGAGUUUCCUCUUUUUACAUCAUGCGUCUUUGGAAGGAACUCUGACUGUGAUAUUCGUAUUCAGAUUAAUCAAGUCUCCAAUAAGCAUUGCAGAAUUGACAUUAACGAAAACAAAGAGGUCAUUUUGACAAAUUUGAGCUCGACAUAUCCAACUCGUGUCAACGGAGAUGCUUUGCUGCAGUCAAAGAGUUUGAAGCAUGGAGAUAUGAUAACUAUUCUUGACCGUUCUUUCAGGUUUGAAUGCCCCCCUGCGCCCACACCAAAGAAGAGGUCUUCAAAAGGAGGCAAAACUGAAACCCUCACAGUCCUUCAAGAUCGGCAAGUGGUGGACACUGUGACUGCUGAAACAGGUGAAAAGAGAAUCUCUGAGGUGUCCAAAGACCCUCCUCUGAAAGAUGGACCUAAUCAUGACAACAUCCAGCAAUGCCUGCACAAAACUGUGGAGGUGGAGUCCACGGAGACCACCUCCCCUUUCAGUGAUCUGUAUCAAAUGAUCAAAAAGUCUCUGGAAAUCAAGACCCCCUGUAAAUCUUCUGUGAGUCUGCUUCAAACACCUACUUCACGGUUUUGCACUCCAAAUCCUUGUUCGGUUAGGAAAAAUGAAGCUAAAGUCUUUCCUGGCACUGAUGAAACCAAAGUUCAGGCUGAAAGUAUUGGUAAUGGGACCCCAGAGUCUGCUAAGAAGCAGAGAAAUUCCUUCCAGGCUACUUCUGAAAUGGCUGAAACCACAGCUGAAGAUGCCAGACAUGCCACCAAGUGUGAUGCAACUUCACCUCUGAAGAAAAGCUGUUCAACCCCCGAGAGGUUUACUGUCUCAGAGGUUACUGAACAAAUUUCUUCUCAAACACCUAAGUCACCAGUGAGAAGGAGGAGCAGGGAGGCCAAACCUGCAGUGACUGAGGAACAAGAAGAGCAAAAACUUACUUCUCUCAAAACGGAGCAUCUUGAAUGGGCAUCACCAAGGAACUCGGGGACGGCUGAAAAAGUGAAAGACAUGUCCAAAAAACGCAAAAGUGGAGAAUUUGGGGAGGACUUAUGCGAACCACAGAUGAAGAAGAAACGCGUUUCCUUUGGGGGUUACCUGUGCCCAGAGUUAUUUGACAAACGACUGCCUCCAGACUCUCCACUGCGCAAGGGGGCCACUCCACGGAGAAGCUUGUGCAUGGCUAAACCCAAACAGUCACUCCUUAGACGAGCAUCAGCCAUCGGCUUCCUAAAGGAGUUUAAACAAGAUAGCCCCAGUGUAGGAGGUCCUGCAAAAAUGAGCAAACCAUCACCUAAAAAGGCACCAGGCACUAAGAAUGCUUCUUCUAAGGCUCCAUCACCUGGAAACAAAUCACCAAAAUCGAGGGCCUCCUCACCCAAGGCUGCAUCUCCUGCAAACAAGUCGCCAAAAUCGAGGGCCUCCUCUCCCAAGGCUGCAUCUCCUGCAAACAAGUCGCAAAAAUCGGGGGCCUCCUCUCCCAAGGCUGCAUCUCCUGCAAACAAGUCGCCAAAAUCGAGGGCCUCCUCUAAGGCUCUAUUGCCUGGAAAGAGGUCUCCAAAGUCCAAGGCUACAUCUCCUGAUGCCAGUGAACAACUUAAAACUCAACGCAAGUCUACAACCCCACGUCAGGUGGCUCGUAAAGAAACUCCCUCUAGCAAGAGGUCAUCUGUGGUAGUUUCAAGUCCUGUGCCUCAGGAAAAUACUCCCACCGCUGAUUUAACACCAGCUAAAGCCCUGUUGAGUUCAGGAGUCCAGACCCCAACAGUGCGAGGGCGCUUCUCUGUGUCACACAUCAGAACACCAUCUCCAGUUGCAGAUGGCGCUCUUACUGACCACAUAGCUUCAGUCACCUUAACACCUAAAAUACCUUUGAGGAGGAAGAGCAUGAAGGCCACUUCACGGAGGACUCAAAGUAUGGGCAAGAGUGCGAUAAAAGUAAUGCGCAGAAGAAGUGGCAUUUCACGGGGAUCAAUGAAAGUCAUAAAUUCCUGGGCAGACAUUGUGAAACUUGGGCAAACCAAGGCUCAGGCGGUUGCUCCAGCUAUAAAACCACUCACCAAAAAGAAAAGAAAGAAAGUUGUGUCCAAACCACAGACCCCUGCAAGAAAACUCCAAGGCCAUUUCAGUACUGGACAUGCAGAUUCACCUGUUACCAUUGUUGUGGGCAGAGCUCACAAGCGGAAGGUUGUGUAUCCCAUUGGUGCUGCACCCAGAGUGGUCAUCAAUUCUGCACUCUUUAAAAAGAACAUGAAGAUGGAUGAGGACUUGACUGGAAUUUCAGAAAUGUUUAAAACUCCUCUGAAUGAGAAGAAGAGGAGAUCUAUAAUCAAUGAUAGCAGUGGCACCAAGACACCAGCAGUUGGUCUGGGCACGUCUGUGGGAGAACCAUCAGUGCUGAACACACCAGAGGAGCCAGGUGAAAUGAUGGUGUCUCCUCUGAGUGUUGUGUCUACAGUAGAAGGCAAACAAUACAACAGUGAGGCGGUCAAACGCCUCCUUAACGGAGAUAAUGAAUCUAGCCACUGUUGUGAUGCCACUGCUGUGGAGAUCCACCCUGAUUCUAGUGAACAGCAGUGCACAGAUUUGAAGACAACCUCUGUAACAACUCCUAAACAGAAGCCGGACCUGCCAGAGUGUCUCACUGGAGUGAAGAGGAUUAUGAGGACACGGAGACAAAAAGCUGAACCUGUUGAAGAUUUGAGAGGGAAACUUCUAAAAACUCCUAAACAAAAGCUUGAACAACAGGAGUGUCUCACUGGAGUCAAGAGGCUCAUGAAGACCCCAAGACAGAAAGCUGAACCUGUAGAUGACAUCAGGGGGAAGCUUCUAAAAACUCCCAAACAAAAGCCUGAACAACAGGAGUGUCUCACUGGAGUCAAGAGGCUCAUGAAAACUCCCAGAGAGAAAGGCAAACCUGUUGAGGAUAACUUCGGGAUCAAGAGACUCAUGAAGUCACCACGGCAGAGGGGCAAUGCUCCAGUGGAAGACUUUGAAGGCCUUCAAGAGCUCAUGGAGGAGCCAACAAUGGAUCCCACAGGACACAUGGCUGAAAACCAGACUCAUCUGGAUUGUGGUGUAGUUGCAGCAAGCAAUGUCCAUGAGGAGCAACAAGACAGUGUGCCAUCAGAUGUGACUGAUUACGUGUCCCAGGUUGACAUGGCAAAAGUUAUUUUAGAAGCAGAUGCAAAUGAAGUGGUCAACCAGCUAGAGGAGGUGCCAAGUAGCCAUGAUGAACAUGAAUCCUCAUAUGUCAUGGAGGCUGUAGAUGCAAAUGUACCUGUGGAAGGACCCAAAGUUGAUACAAAAAAGGAGGAUUUAUCUGAAGAACAACCAGAAGUGGACACUGCAACUGGCAAAGUCACAGAAAUGGACACAACUGCCAGUGAUCCUAACCAUGAGAAGAAAUCUGUACGAGGUAGAAGGGCAAAAACAGUGGGAUCUAAAGCAGCUGAGGAGAAAGAGGACAUAAAAUAUUCUAAAGAUCUUGUCAAAACUCCCGUUAGAGGAAGGAGGGGGAAGAAAACUGAAACUACAGCUCCACCUACUGUUAAGCAAGUGACAAGAAGCAGAAAUGCAAAGAUCACUGGAAGCACGGAUGUUGUGCCUGCAGUCGAAGAAAGUGCUCCUCAGCCUUCUAAACUUGUUCUUAAGCUUAAAAGAGGAAGAAAUGCCAAAAAAUCUUCUGAUAAUCAUGCUGAAAUGGUGCAAGAGAUUAUUAGUGACGCAGGAACAGCACCAGAAGCUGAUGUUGACCGCAAAGGAAAUGAAGGUGCAGCAGUCCAGGAGGAAGCUGCCUCAAAGCGCAAGCAUGGGAGAAAAACUAAGCCAGUGUCUGAACAGUGUCUGUCACUGCCAGAGCAGCAAGAUGUGCCUUGUGCUCACAGUCCUGAUGUCCCCCAAGCUGACAAGACACAAGAUGCAAAUGAAAUCUCCAGUGACCAGCUGAAGGUGGUUACCAGUGGAAAUGAUAAGUCAUCUGAUUCUGUGGAAAAUGUCCCCCAGGCACCCGCAGCUGGUGAUUUACCAGAAGUGGAGAUGACAACUUGCAAAGCCACAGAAACAGAUGUAACUGUUAAGAAGAAAUCAGUUCGAGGCAGAAGGGCAAAACCGGUGGAAUCUAAUAAUGAACAAGAGACAAAAGAACAUUCUGAAGAUCCUGUCAUCACUGCUCCAGUCAGAGGAAGAAGAGGGAUGAAAACCAAAGCUUCUGCACCACCUGCUGUUAGGCAAACAACAAGAACCAGAAAUGCAAAGUCUCGAGAAGGCACCCAUGACUGUGAACCUGAAGUAGUACCAGAGAAAGCGGUGGAAACAAUGAUGACUGAGAUUUCCACUGAACCUGUGAGUGAACAGAUAUCUAUAAAUACCAGUCAAGAAGAAAAGGAGUCUGCACCCCCAACAGAGGAAGUUGUUGUGAAGCCUGUUAAAGGGAGAAAAACUAAAGCAACACCUGUUGGACCACCUCUGCAGGAGCCAGAGAAAAAUAUAGAUGUUGGUGACCAGUGUCUUGUGGCAGAUGCCCAACUUCAACAGCCUGUUAACACUGCUGGGAAACCCAGAAGAGGAAGGAAGACUAAACCAGAUGUAGUUGAGCAAAAUGAGGGUGCAGAAGACACAGUUGUCACUGUGGGGAAUAAACAGCAGUCCCAGCCUCCAGUCAGGGCUAAGAGGGGAAGAAAUGCUAAACAGGAAGAAGAAAAGCUAGAAAAUGAUUGCAGGACUACUAACACUGAGACCUCUAAAUACCAGGAACCUGCUAAAAAAUUAAGGAGAACCAGAAAGGCUGAGCAAGACCAUGUCCAACAAAAAGAAAUCCACACUGUUGAAAUGGUCCCAGAGGAAGCUGAAGCUUCACUUGUUGCCGAACCACUGAAGAUAAAUAAACAGGCUACCAUGACUGCAGAGCCCAGGAGAGGAAGGCAAAAAGCAAAACAAAAUGCUCAAACUCAGAACCCUGUUGAAUCCACUGUGGACCAAGAGGUCCCUGCUUCUACCUCCACUGAGAAACCCACAAGGAGUAGUAGAGGAAUCACUGCUGUACCAGAAGAAAAACCUGAGCUGGAAGCUAAAGAAAAGAAAAAUGAUGAGUCCGAUACUCCUGUCAUUAAAUCUAGCAGAGUAAGGGGGGUUAAAACUUCUGUGAAAAGCAAGGAUUCACCGGCCAUUCCUGCCAAGAGGGCCCGUCGAGGGGCAGCUCUUGAGAACAGCGCAGAAUCCACAGUCAUGGCUUCAGAGCCAGCCAAAAAAGGGAGACGUGCAGUGGCAAAGUCCAUAACUGGCGAUGCCACAGUGAGCGGUGACCAGGCAAAGCCCUCAGAAGAUCUAACCAAUGCUGCCAUAGAAGGCACAGAAGUGUCCAAACGAUCUGUGAGGUGGAAAGCAAAUGUGCAAGUUUUUGAGAUUCCACAGGUAACACCUGCCAGAGCAGUUCGAGGUAGAAAGUCAAAACCUGGAGACCACGUUGAAGCUAAAAGCAAAAAUACAGCAAAGGGUGCCAGCAAAACUGAAGAGAAGGAUCUCUCAGAUAAAAUUGAUGCUCAGCUUGUCAAGAGAGCCAGGCGAGGGGCCAAGGCUACUGAUGUAACCGCCAACAAAGCCGAGUCGUCCAGCAAAGUGGGCCCUAAGGAAAGUGCUAAAGCUGAGAUGCAGCCAAAAACCAGAAGGGGAAGAUCUGCAAACAAAUAAACAACUGUAUGUGUUCUUAAUCAGACCUUUUAAAAAAAAAA